AUGCGCAAAGAAGGCUCCCACAUCAGCAUCCUCUGCGAAAACCGCGUCCGACUGGCGACGCAUAUCUUGGAACGAUUCCAGCAAUCCUGGCCGCACGUUAUCUGGACACGACAUUUCCUCGAGCGUGCUCUAAAGGCCUGUUCAGGGCAGGACUCAGGCACAGGAGCAGCAGUCGGAGAACGGACGAACACCAACACAGACACUGCCCAUUCGGCGGAUAAUCAGGACCUGAUGAAAGGAUUCACCAACUGCAGCACCUGGAUCAUGAUGCGUCGGCUGAGGGUCUGUUUUCGCAGGGAGGAGCGAUGGACCAUCUAG